AUGGUAAUUCUAGGCCUGUGGUCUAGGCCUAUUGUUGCCAUGCCCUAUUGUCGUAAACUGUAAUAUUCUGCCUAUCGUUUGAGAGGCACAAUUAACUGACACCACUGUUCAUACUGUGUACCCACGGUUAUAUGAAAGAGAUAUUGUAAGCAGUGUAUGACUUAAACUUAAGAGUUAAAGUUGAUCGUAAUAUUGCUUUGCCUUUUACGACUUGGUGACAGUGAGUGGUGUUGUAUUGUGGUUUGUGUUUGCCAGCGUGUAAACGAUCAAGAUGGCAACCCCAAUGGCGAACGAAGAAGCGAAACUGCCUUCUUCCGAUGGACAAACCAUGGAGAGAACAGCAGAGUCUCAAACCAAACCAACUUAUGACAGUCCAUGGGGACCUAUAGAGAUUCCGACUGGAGAAGAUGGUUUCUACAAGAGCUUCAUGAACCCAAUGCUGGAUGACAUGGAGAAAACAGUAGCAAAGAGCACAGCAAUGUUGGACAAACUCAACCAGGACAUGGAGCUGGAUAGGAAGAAGAGGUACAAGAAACUAGUGCAGUCUCACAUUCCAGAGGAGUUGAAAGGAGGAGGCAAGGAUGAAGCUGACGUGAUGAAGCUUGUGGACCAGCUGUUGUUCUAUGAGGAAGUUGGUGAUGGGAACGAAGUUCAGCUCAACGACGAAGCCCAGUUGACUGAUCUUGACGAGGCAAGUAAACUGACGGUGACGGCUCACAGCUUGGCCGCUCACUUCACCAUGCUAGAACCGGGCCCACUCGGCCGUGCCUCCAGUAAACUCUCCUCUGACUGCAGGCUGUGGCUGUCCAGGCUCUUCAGGUUCAAAGACUCGAUGCCAGUGUACCAUGACAAGAGGUUUGAAGGUCUGGCCCGUGUUGGACAACUGGCCCUCUACACCAGGUACCCGAAGUAUGCCACCGAAGGCUUCGAAGCACUGUACUCCCGGCCACCAGUCAUCUACAUCAGCGCUGUCGCACCGCCGGGACUAGGACAAUACCUCUGUCAGCAGCUUGGGCUCCCUCUGUCCUGUGUGUGUACAGUUCCUUGCAACACUGUGUUUGGAGCCAGCAGCAAAAUGGAUGUGGCCAUGUUGGAGAAACUGAUCCAGGACGACAUCGCUGCCGCCAAGACCCCUGUUCUCCUCGUGGCCUAUGCUGGCACCCCAAUUGUUGGACAUGUGGACAACUUGCAGAGACUGCAGGAGAUUGCCAAGACUAACAACAUCUGGCUGCAUGUGGAAGGGAACAAUCUGGCGACGUUGACCCUCUUUUCUGUGCCAACGUCUGUCGAGUCUGCCGUGUCUGGUGACAGUUUGACCCUCGACCUCUCCAAGUGGCUGGGAGUGCCCGCUCUGCCAUACAUUACUCUGUUCAAAGACUCUGACGCCACGCUGACCGAAGCGGCCGGCCUCACCUCCAUCGACACCCGCCUACAGCUCAAGUGCCUUCCCCUGUGGAUGUGUCUCCAGAGCCUGGGACAUGAAGGCAUGGUCAACAAAAUCAAACACUCCUGUGAUCUGGCAAAGAUCUUGUUUGAUCAGCUAGACCAGCUCACCACCAUAAAGCAAAUUAGCCGGGAGAAGAAGAAACAAGAGAAGGAGCCCAAGAAUGUAACAGAUCUCAUUUUCAAAGCUAUCAAUGCCCUGAUGGUGUUUGAGAUUGUGACCCCGACUGUGGUGUUUAAGUACUGCGAGGACACAGCGGCCCCAGGGGCUGUGGUCGCUCCAUACUCCGGAAUGAAGGUAGAUGACGAUUCCAGCCAGGAGGUGGAUGCCGUGUACUUUGACGCUCUCAACACUUGGUUGGCGGAGGCACUGGUUGUGGCCAAUCCACGUGUACCCAUUGACCUGGUGGAGGUGGACAAGGAAGGAGUCUGUAUCCGCUACGCACCGCUGGAGACUGCCCAGAGCAGGGGCACAAAGAAAGAAGACAUUGAAAACUUUGUGGAAUCUCUUAAGUCAAAUCUGAGUGUUCUCAAUGCAACGACCGUUGAGAGGAAAAAGUUCCAGACCACUGUCAAUGCAAAUCCCAACCUCAAGUUGGUAGAUCUAGACUCGUGGGCAGGCCUUGGAGCUGUUAGCUACAUUCCGGAGCCCUAUGCCAGCCAGGGUGACGAAGUGCCGGAGAGUGCCAAGACAGAGGUGAACAACCUCAAUGCUGAGCUGGUGCAUAAGCUCAAGGCACAGGACACAGCCUUUUCCACUGGUCACUCGGCGGAGGGGAUGGUGUGUGUCCGGUUCGGUCUCAUCACGUCGGACACGGACGUGGAGGAACUGGUGUCCCUGGUCUACAGCGUGGGCCGAGAGGUGGAGGAGAGCUCCAAGUAUUUGGAGUCUAUGUCACAAGUGAUCAGGAAAGGAAUUGAGGAGGCCAACAAAGAACUAGCGAAGGAGAACACAGAGAAGCUGAUGCAUGAGGGUGUCCUUCGCCAAGUGCCGGUGGUGAGCUCUUUACUCAACUGGUUCUCUCCCGCCAAAGAGGACAUCAAAGGACGGACGUUCAACCUGGCUUCUGGGAAAAUCAGUCGGACAACAGACACGUACAAGUACCGCAUGCAAGUUCAAGAAGACGGAUCAGGGGAGUCGGCGCCUCCCCCAGAGAACCCUCCACCAGCCAACGAGCCUGCCCCUCUCAAAGGCAUCCUCAAAACGCCACCUCAGAGCAAUGGAGAGCUUCCAGCCCCGGCAGCUGACGAUCAGCCGAAAGCAGAGGUCAAGACUGCUGGGGAGGUGAAGGCCCAACUGGCAAGUCAGUCGUCUGCUCCUUCGUCCCCGACGCAGCAAUCUUUGCCAGACGUGGUCUCCGCUCCACAAAGUGAGGCAGCAGCACAGUCACAGACCACGACGGGUGCCAGUUAGAAUCUUCACAGCCUGGCCUGAGCCUUGAACCAUCGUCAUCCACGCCACAUCAUUACAGGACUUGAGACACAGCAGGGGUGCAGCUGUGUCGCAAUGUGCCGUCUCCCCAUGCUUGUCAGACACUCACCCUUUUGGCUCAUUUGUUGGGUUGUGCAUUGUUGUUGAGAUUGUUUUGGCGUAAAAAUCUCAUGCUGUAUCUCAUGAUCUCUUCUCCACGUAAGUGUAGAGACAAAGGUAGGUCAAAGAAACCUUGUUUUUUAAAGAUUUUGAAAUGUCUUCACGAUUUUGGUCAUCGUCGUGCCAUCUUGCCCAGAAACACUGCCGGACACUUCCUGUUUCAACAAAAAUAAAGUUUACGCUAUCUGGAGACGACAGAAAAUGGCUGAUAUAGGUCUCUGCCUGUAAUGAUCCUGUUUAUUCAGUGGACUGCCUCAGGCAGAGGUCUACUUUAGCGAGUUUUGAGACUCUCAACCUUCUGACGAGCAGUGCUUACUCUCUACAGCACCAAACUAUAAGUGAUUGUCUCAUCAAUUUUUUGGAAAUAUCUCUUUGCAGAUACACAUGUGGGUCCUUUGAUUAUUGCGGAUGUUUGCAUAUGGUGUGCCAUGGAAGUGGUUGGAUGUUUAAUAUUUUUUUUUUUUUUUAUAUACCUCGUGUCUUGAAAGACACGGAUUGUGGGAGUAUUAUUAUUUGUUAAGAUUUGACGUGUAUUUGAACCUUUUGUGGGUGUAUGUGUUGGUCUGGAUGGUCCAAAAGUGGGUCCCUGUAUAUUGCAGAUGAGAUGCUGAGCAGUCUUGGUAAGACCGUUCUCUACACGACUUUGCGAACAUGUUGAGGAAGCUACAUUCCACUCUGUACAGUUCAUACUGCGUUUCCACUUGUAACAAAUGUUUAGGGUAUUGAUUCCUUUCCUUACAUCCUAUUCAUGGAGUAAUUGAGCAGACUUCCUGGUUUGUUGUGUUUCACGCAUGUUGAUUUCAUCAUGUUAUUAUAUAGCACCUCUGUGGAAAUGACUCAUGCUUGUUCACUUCGUAAUUAAACAUUUUUUUGUUAGCAUGCAGCGAUUUAAGGUAAAUGUGUUGAAUAUUUGCUUCAUUGCUCACUUUAUAGUGUUUGUGUAUGUCUGAUGCGGGAUUUAAAAAAAAGGGGGAGGUGUAAAUAGGGAUAUUAUAAGUUCAAUCAUUCUAAGUUCUUUCCUGUUUUUUUUAUUAUCUUUGUUCUUUCCCCUUAGACUCUUUUGCUGUCUCCAUAAUUAAGGGGAGACUUUUUUCAAUGUUGAAAUUGUCUCUUUCUAACGUAUUUAUUAAAAGUUAUUGUGUUGAGAUGACUGAAAUAUGCGAAAGGUGCAGAGAAAUGUCAGCAAAAACAAACACAAAAAAAUCUCAAAUUUUCUGAGGAAAAUGAGUCAAAUAAGUUUAUUCAAAACUAUUGACCAAAGAUGUCAAGAUAACUCUCUACAGAAGGAAACUCUUAGGUUGUCUCUAAUAUUGUCUGUACAAAUAGUUGUUUAUUCUAAUAUUGCCUCGACGUACUUCAGCCCCACGCCUCCAAUUUAUGGGUUCUAUAGCCUAACUAUACUGUGGUAUAUCAAAUUUCUGGCAGUUUCACAACUGAGAUCUGUCAUUUUCCAUAAGUUUAUCGGGGUUUUGUAACCACAGAGGGUUUUACAGCACUCGCAACUGCAUAAGGACGCUCAUAUGACCUUAUGCGGUUGCGAGUGUCGUAAAACCCUCUACUAUAAAUUUUAUUUUUAAAAAAAGUGUCUCUGUGCUCACACUCUGGGGAGGUGAAAAAAGAGAAAGAGCUGCAGCUUUUCUUAUUAUAAUCAAAAAUGUAAUAUUGGAGGUUCUCGGAGUUCUCUCCAUGCCUUCGUGACGUCUGUUAGGGUGAGUGGACAAACACUUCUCGAUACGUCGUCAUUCACGAGGCACUGACUUGUUUUCUUGUCAUGAUCAUGGGUAAAAGUUUGUUGGCUGUGACAGGAAAUUCCUGCAAGAGAAAGCUGGUUGGAAUCAUGGUGCUGGCAGCCGGUGACAGCCAUCCUUGACAUCAGUCUCAUGAAGCACAGGUUUCUUUCGUGCACCUGACAACUGUCUAAAAAAGUCCCGAUUUUUUAACUCCACUGCUCUAUUUUGAGCGAUAUGGUGUGCUACACCGACAGUACGAGGGUGAUUUGAUUAUCUUUUCAGGCAAAGCCCCCUGAGAUGCUAUGAGUUUGAAAGUGUUCAGGCAAAAUGGUUGUGACCCAACUUUUACCUAUGGUCGUGAUAUUGCCCCGUUCAGCAGGGAUUGUUUUUGCUGUGUGUUUUCUGUUGUGCAUACUCACGUCCAAAUCCUCAAGUGAUAUUUACUGCUGUGGGGUUGUUUCCCCGGUCUCCCCAUGUCCUGAUGCAUGAUGUCUGUUAUUUAUCUGAUGUCUUUACUACUUCUGCAGGACAUCAGGGGGACAGAAUGGGAGGGUUAGCUUUUCAUCUCAUGAGGGUAAUUUAAAAUAAAAUCUUUUCUAAAACUGAGUAUGUCCCAUUGUGAUGUUGAAGUCGUGGAUAUGGGAAACUCAAAUACUUUAUAAUAAAUUUUUCUGUCUGUUGAAAAAAAGAUAUUUAAAGACCACUGAAGUAUUUGGCCUGAUGAGUGAGAACAAAUUGUGUAUUAUGUCCCGAGUGUGUAUUUAUUUCUUUUAGUUCACUAUGCAUCUUGCGUAUAUAUGCAACGCAAUCAAUACCAUUUGUCCCUGCGACGUCUAUUUAUUCUGUUUCAAUCAGUUUUUAUGCAUAAUGGUCUUAUGGCUUUGUGUUACUUUGAAAUCCGAGAUUGUGUGUGCGAGUCUGCCACAGGCUUUCAUUUGAAACCACUUGUACGACCAAUACCAUUAUUGCUGUGGGUUUUGACACUCUUGUAUUUUUUCAUGUUUGGGUGUAUAAUGAUUAGUGACUUUUUGAAAAUAGUGUUGAUUAUUAUACAUAUUGAUCUGCUUUUGAUUUUAACAAUUUUAUUCCUUAUUGUUUGGAUUUGUCUGCCUCUCCACUUUAAUGCUGAAGUUUUCCAGGGGAAUAAUGUGUCAUAGCCCCUGACUUUACAGAAUGGUAAUACGUGAGGGCUCUGGAGUUUUUACUUUUUUUUUUUUUGUGGUGUUUUUUUCCUUCCUUGUGUUGUGCCUUGUUCUGAGGUGAUAUAUUUUUUUUCUUCAUAAUCUUCUGCUUUGAUUUUUCAGACCUCCUGUGUGGAUAGUUAGCUGGCUCUCUGGUGUGGUUUGCUCCCUCUUUCCUAUCAAACAUCUAUCCUCAUUAUCUCUCCUCUCUCUUUUUUUUUGUAUGUUACUCUCUAGUUACAACUCUAAUCUCUAUGGCUCUCAUAGGAUCUGAUUGUAUUACAAGUGCUGCUAAACUCUUACUAAAUCAUUAAAACUAAGAGCCCUCCUGCUUCUAGGUAUAAUAAUUUUUUAAAAGUAUUUCUGCUCGAGUUAUAACAAGCGUCUAGCUUAUUUCAAUGCGUUCUCUGGGUUUCUUUUGACGCUUUCAUGUUCAUCAAUUUUUCUUAUAAAGGUCACAUAAUUAACAGGGUGUCAUUUUCAUUUUUAUUUUAAGAAGCUCAGUUAAACCUUGGUAUAACAUUCAUGACUUAAAACAUACUAUCAGCUGUCACUUUCACUUUCUUCUGCCCCAAGUCCCAUUUGGCAUUGUUACACUUUUAGGCUAAUUGUAGUAAUGCCUACCUCGGCUUUGAAGUUUAAAACCUAAGGUCAGAAGGGAGUAUGUUAUACCAAGGUUUUACAGCUUUUGGGACUUAUUUUUUGGGGGGUUUUUGGGACUUUUUUUUUUUUUUUUUUGGUAAGAGCAUCACAAUCUGGACACUUUAAUGAAACGUUGAUACUUUGUGCAUAUCAUGGGGGGAGUUUAUUGCUUUUUGUUUUGCUUUUUUCUUUGUUUUAUUGGUUUGUCAUUUUAUACAGGUUUUUUAAUGAAAUGUGAGGCCUAUAAAAUUGUCGCCUUUUGCGCUUUCUCAUUUCGGUACCCUCUGAAGUCAUUUUCAUAUACUGGUUGAGCAUUUCCUUGAAGUCUUUGCAAAAAUCUGGUAAUUGGCAGAAACUAUGAAGUGUCCAGGCUGAUUUUUUAUUUUUUUAAAUGAUAAAUUGUUAACUAUUUCGUCAUAACUGACUCUUACUAAUUGGAAGUACAAAUAUGGCAAAGAUCACUGAGGUAAACUAGAAUUGAAGAAAGCAGGACGCACAGAUAUAUAUAAUUAAUGAUUAAUCAAUCCCCAAGUUAUGAAAUCCUUACUUAAAUUUGAAAUUUGGAUGAUUUUGAUCAUUUCAAAAUUCAUACUGCUGAAUUAUUAGGAAAAGUAUUAGAGUAUAACAAUGUUAAAAAUUGUUUACAUAAUCUAAUCGUAAUGCCAUUUGAAGAUAAAAUAGAUUGUGCAGUCUUUGCUUCUCACAGUUUCUCCAUAAGUUCUCACCUGUAUUGUUAUUAUGUCUGUGAAAUAGAUCUCCAUUGAGCCAUCACUUUGAUAUGUUACACAGCUUUCGGCAUUUCCAUCUUAUUCCCAUUUCAAUUUGAUUCACUGACACAUUUUCUUCUGGCUGUGCUAUUUAUAACAGAAGUGCCAAUUUUCCUGAUAAAUCUGGUUAUUCAGAUUUCUGAAAUUGUCCGGCUUUUGCAUACUUGUACAAUUAUUUAUAUUUUCAUCUCUUUGUGCAAACUUACGACCGCAACGAAACACAAUGACGAUAUCAAUCACCUUCAAAGACAGGAACCAAUUGCAAUUUUCUGCCUACGUGAAGAGAAUAAAACCAGUACCUCCCUCA